AGUUUCCGGAGCGGAUCGCAACCCGGAGUCCGGAUCCGAUCCCGCUCUGCACAUUCCAAAGGCAGGUGGCGGAGAUGGCCGAGGACGGGAGCGAGGAGAUCAUGUUUAUCUGGUGUGAAGACUGCAGCCAGUACCACGACUCCGAAUGCCCCGAGCUGGGCCCCGUGGUCAUGGUCAAAGACUCCUUUGUGCUCAGCAGGGCGAGGUCGUCCCUUCCCUCCAACCUGGAGAUCAGACGCCUGGAAGACGGAGCCGAGGGGGUGUUUGCUGUGACCCAGCUCGUCAAGCGCACGCAGUUCGGCCCAUUCGAGUCGAGGAGAGUCGCCAAGUGGGAGAAGGAGUCUGCGUUUCCACUGAAGGUGUUCCAGAAGGACGGGCACCCCGUGUGCUUUGACACCUCCAACGAGGACGACUGCAACUGGAUGAUGCUGGUGCGGCCGGCGGCAGAGCCGGGCCACCAGAACCUGACGGCCUUCCAGCACGGCAGCGACGUGUACUUCACCACCUCGCGCGACAUCCCCCCUGGCACCGAGCUGCGCGUGUGGUACGCGGCCUUCUACGCCAAGAGGAUGGACAAGCCCAUGCUGAGGCAGGCCUGCCCCGGGCUCCACGCCGCAGGCACCCCCGAGAACAGCACCCCAGUGGAGUCGGAGCCCAGCCAGUGGGUGUGCAAGGUGUGUUCGGCCACCUUCCCAGAGCUGCAGCUGCUGAAUGAGCACCUGUUGGGCCACUUGGAACAAACCAAAAACGUCCCCCCUGCCUCCCAGCAAGAGUCAGCGCCUGAGAAGGAAGCGGAAGCACCCCGGGGAGAGCCUCCCACAGUUCCCAAGAGUGUCAGUGCCGCCAAAGAGCAAAAGAAAAAGCCUCGAAGGGGCAGGAAACCCAAAGCAUCAAAACCCGAGCAGCCGCUAGUCAUUGUUGAAGGCGAGGAGCCAGCAGAGCACGUGGCGGAGAUCAUGACCGAGGUGGAGCCCGUGACCUCGACGACGGCGGCGGCGGACGAGCGGAUCAUGGAGCUGGUCCUGGGGAAGCUGGCCACCACCGCCACCGACGCCGGCUCCGCGCCAAAGUUCCCCCAUCACCAGGGCGGCACCAUCACCCUCAAGAGGAGCCUCAUCCUCUCGGGCCGGCCUGGCAUCCGCCGGAAGCUGGUCCGGCAACUGGGGGAGCACCGGCGGGUGUACCAGUGCAGCCUCUGCAGCAAGAUCUUCCAGAACAGCAGCAACCUGAGCAGGCACGUGCGCUCACAUGGUGACAAGCUCUUUAAAUGCGAGGAGUGCGCCAAGCUCUUCAGCCGCAAGGAGAGUCUGAAGCAGCACGUGUCUUACAAGCACAGCAGGAACGAGGUCGACGGCGAGUACAGGUACCGGUGUGGCACCUGCGAGAAGACCUUCCGCAUCGAGAGCGCGCUGGAGUUCCACAACUGCCGGACAGAUGACAAGACGUUCCAGUGUGAGAUGUGUUUCAGAUUCUUCUCCACCAACAGCAACCUUUCCAAGCACAAGAAGAAGCACGGGGACAAGAAGUUUGCUUGCGAAGUCUGCAACAAGAUGUUCUAUCGCAAGGACGUCAUGCUGGACCACCAGAGGCGGCACCUGGAAGGAGUGCGGCGGGUGAAGAGGGAGGACGCGGAGGCCGGCGGGAACCUGCUGCGCUACAGGAAGGAGCCAUCGGGGUGCCCGGUGUGCGGCAAGGUGUUCUCCUGCAGGAGCAAUAUGAACAAGCACCUGCUGACCCACGGCGACAAGAAGUACACCUGUGAGAUCUGUGGGCGCAAGUUCUUCCGCGUGGACGUGCUCAGGGACCACAUCCAUGUCCACUUCAAGGACAUCGCGCUGAUGGACGACCACCAGAGGGAGGAGUUUAUCGGCAAGAUCGGGAUCUCCUCCGAAGAAAACGAUGACAAUUCUGACGAGAGCGCAGACUCGGAGCCCCACAAGUACAGCUGCAAAAGGUGUCAGCUCACCUUUGGCCGCGGGAAGGAGUACCUGAAGCACAUCAUGGAGACGCACAAGGAGAAGGGCUACGGCUGCAGCAUCUGCAACCGGCGCUUCGCCCUCAAGGCCACCUACCACGCGCACAUGGUCAUCCACCGCGAGAACCUGCCCGAUCCCAACGUGCAGAAGUACAUCCACCCGUGCGAGAUCUGUGGGCGGAUCUUCAACAGCAUUGGGAACUUAGAGCGGCAUAAACUCAUCCACACAGGUGUGAAAAGCCACGCCUGCGAGCAGUGCGGGAAGUCCUUUGCCAGGAAGGACAUGCUGAAGGAGCACAUGCGUGUCCACGACAACAUCCGGGAGUACCUGUGCGCCGAGUGCGGGAAAGGCAUGAAGACCAAGCACGCGCUGCGCCACCACAUGAAGCUGCAUAAGGGCAUCAAGGAGUACGAGUGCCGGGAGUGCCACCGCAAGUUCGCGCAGAAGGUCAACAUGCUCAAGCACUACAAGCGCCACACGGGGAUCAAGGAUUUCAUGUGCGAGCUGUGCGGAAAGACCUUCAGUGAGCGAAACACGAUGGAGACGCACAAGCUCAUUCACACGGUGGGCAAGCAGUGGACGUGCUCCGUGUGUGACAAGAAGUACGUCACCGAGUACAUGCUGCAGAAGCACGUGCAGCUCACGCACGACAAGGUCGAGGCGCAGAGCUGCCAGCUGUGCGGGACCAAGGUGUCCACCAGGGCCUCCAUGAGCAGACACAUGCGUCGCAAGCACCCCGAGGUCCUGGCCGUGAGGAUUGACGACCUGGACCACCUCCCAGAGACCACCACCAUCGAUGCCUCCUCCAUCGGCAUCGUCCAGCCUGAACUGAGCCUGGAGCAGGAGGAUUUAGCCGAAGGGAAGCACGCGAAAGGCGCCAGGAGAACCCACAAGAGGAAGCAGAAGCCGGAGGAGGAGGCGGGGGCCGCGGGCGCCGAGGACGCCAGCUUCAGCGAGUUCUCGGAGAAGGAGGCCCCGUUUCCGGGCGGCGUGGGGGACGAGACCGACUCCGCCGUGCAGAGCAUCCAGCAGGUGGUGGUGACGCUGGGCGACCCCAAUGUGACUGCGCCAUCCAGCUCGGUGGGCCUCACCAACAUCACCGUCACCCCCAUCACCACCACGGCGGGGACUCAGUUUACCAAUCUGCAGCCGGUGGCCGUCGGGCACCUGACCACCCCGGAGCGCCAGCUGCAGCUGGACAACUCCAUCCUGACCGUGACCUUUGACACCGUCAGUGGCUCGGCCAUGUUGCACAACCGCCAGAACGACCUCCAGAUCCACCCGCAGCCGGAAGCCUCCAACCCGCAGUCGGUGGCCCACUUCAUCAACCUGACCACGCUGGUCAACUCCAUCACGCCCCUGGGGAGCCAGCUGGGCGAGCAGCACCCGCUCACCUGGCGGGCAGUGCCCCAGACGGACGUCCUGCCGCCCCCGCAGCCGCAGGCGCCCCCGCCCCAGGCCCCGCAGCCCCAGGGCCCGGCCGAGCAGCAGCCGCAGAUGUACAGCUACUGAGACGUGUUGCGGGGAGGCUGGGAGAGCACUCCAGACAGGUGGUUGGUUCGUUUUGCUUUAUUGUUGAGGUUUGUUUGCUGGAUAGCGAGCAAAAACCACGUGCACUGCAGAGGGUGGGGAGGUCGGCUUAGCUUUUGCCGAGUUACCUCCCGACCCCCCAGCAGCCGUCAUGGUCUGUCACUUAGCUCCAGAAGUGACCUCCGGCAGGCCAGCCAUCCCCAGGCUUCCCUCCCAGAACCUGGAUGGAUGGACACAGGGUUUGGGACAGUGAAACGCAGAGAAGCCGCAUCCUAAGAAUGUGUUGUCGGGGAGGCAGGAGGUUGGCUUGUUUUCUUCCUCUAGAGCGCAGCUCCUGUGGUCCAGCAUAGCACGUGCUGCAUGAGAACAGUUUCCUCCUGCUCCCGGACUUUUCUGCAAACAGCAGACACAAGUUCAAGUAGCUUUUUUCCUCUUUGUUCUAUUUUGGUUUUUUAUUUUUUAUUGUAGGGCCA